AUGGCCACUGUCCACACGUCGGCGCACAGGCCAGUGGCGUCGAAACUGCUGUCCAUCUCGGAAGCACGAACGGGACGAGUGCAAGCCGCAGAUGAUGAGCAAUUAGUAUGGGUAUAUUGCCAACGCGAGCAGGAGAAGUAUGACGUGUAUUCUUGCUGCCAAGCAUCGCAGCGGCCUCGCCGCCAGCCAAGAGAACAACCAAAAGGAUGCCACUGGCAUCAGCUUCUGCACUCGAACAUGCACGCGCUGCCUGCUCCGUACACUGCAGCAGACCGCGAGACUUUCUAUCAAGAUGCCGGUGCACUGCUGGAUGCUUCAGAAGCGGCGAAGCAAGUGGGUCCAACUUCACGUUGGCCACCGCUGUUGGUAACUGACAGUGAGCAGUUGUGCCAGGCUGCCGCUUCUGCUUACGUCAGGUGCAAGUUGGCCGAGGUCGCACGCAUGCGAGACGGAGAUUUGCUCACAGUAGUUCUAGCGACUGACUUUGGGCAUCUUUGUGGAGUCGUGGUUUCGGGAAGUCCAUUGCAGCGCACCUGGGCUCUUUCUCUCGAUUCUCCAGAGGCGCAGGUCGACGAAUCUGAAGCCAGCCCAUCUGUGCCGCUCAGGAGGGAGGUUGAGCUUCGCUGUGGUGUUUUCGUGCAGCGGCUCAACUUGGUUAACAUCGGCCACGAGGUCAACUCUGCGGAGGAGCAGCCUGCAUUUGGAGCGAGAUGUCUCGCCUUGGCUAACGAUGGCAAAGCUUCAUACUGUGCAGUUUCUCCUGAUGGAACCCGCAGCGUGGAAGCGUCCGGGAGGUGGGAAGUCAUCAAUGGUCAGGUGGUCCUGCUCGGGCAAGAUCCUUCUGGCCCAUCUGUAAGCCAUCUUCAGCUGAGCAAGUCCAACACGCAAUUGCUGGGUGGCCGUGCGUAUGAAGAGCCGGUGCAUGUGUCUUUGGAAGAGCUGGACGCAUUUUUCGAGAAGCCCGUUGCAUUCUCUGAGUGCAUUCCAAGAGGCGGUCAUCUGCUCCGCUUGCAGCUUCUGGAAGAGGGGCUUUCCGUGAGCGCACCACCUCAAGGAGGUACAGCGAGCGAGGCUGCAGUCUUGACGAGCGCAUUGGACUCGACAUUUAACACGGCUUGGGACACUGCAGGCCCCGUCGGGGGCCCCGUCAGGGGCCCCGCCGGCCCCGCCUCGUUGGAUGCUCCAAAGUCUGACCAAGCCGCAGAUGAGCGUGCAUACUUCCUGCGAACACCUGUUCAUGCUUUGCUCAGCUUGGCCAACCCAGCACCCAAUCCACAUGCGGAUUCGGAGGAUGGAAGGUCCGGGCUUCCGGCCGCUCCAAGGCUGCUGGGAGUGCAACGUGGCAUUACGACAUCUCUUCCCUCGGCAGCCGACAUUGGCUGGGACGAGCCUGGUCAGGCGAGCCCGACACAGGUCGGCGAGGUUCCCGAGACCACGGCCAUGGUGCAGGGCAUGAGAAGGCUUCAUGGUCACACAAUUCCGUCGGAUCCAAAGGUUGUCGAGCUGCAUCAAGAGGACGCAGUGACCAGACUUGUCUCCACCUGCCCCAUUGAGCCGGGAAGAUAUACCUUGGAGUCUGGAAAAAGCACAGGCUACUCCUACAAGAAGUUGGAAAUGAAGCUGCACGUUGAUGGCAAGUGUGUCUACAAAGAAGAAUCAAAAAGCAGCUUGCUCCGGGCAGUGCCGAACGCCACGGUUUGGAAAGUAGAGUCCGACCUGCUCGUGCUGGACUCUCUCAAACCGGCAACGCCUGGCUUUGUUCUGCGUGAGUCUCGCGGCAACAAGAGCUUGGAGAGGAAGGUGUACCGCGUGGAGAUGCCUGUCUCCUUUGUUCGCGAAAGCUGCAAGUUCACAGCCUUCGAGCAGCAGAAAAGGCCCUUCCUCGGACAUCAGCAGCACGACACCUCCACCCUCAUCUUCGGCGUUGUGAAUCCAGAGUCUCCGGCUUUGCGGGGCCUUCGCUGCCGACCUGAUCGAUUGCCUUAUCACGCUUUCGAGCGAGAGCUACGGUCGCAAGGACUCCCCGUGGACGAGAUUCUGACUGAUUUUCAUUUUGUGGACCGGGAUGCAGACGGUUUGGUGUCGGUCGAAGACAUGCGCCGUUUGGAGACCUACGGCAACCCAGCCGCAGCUCCGGAAGUCCUGGAGGAGCUGCGUGAGGCACUCGUGAAGAACUUCACAACCUUGGCUAAUGCUUUCGAAGUGCUGAGUGCCAUGGCUGGUGCUGGACGUGUUACGACAGCAGAGUUUCAGCGCUUCUUCGAGAAGAUUGCGGAGGCAAGCAACCAGGGAGAAGUGCCUCGAUUUGCUGGCCGACCGUUACUUGCGCAAGGUGAGCGGAGCCAAUCUUUGAAGGACUGGGUAGGGAACACUGACCCGGAUGCUCGUGCCGCCGUUUUUGCGACGCUUUGCCCCGGAGAAGGUGAGGCAAUAGACCUGGCAGACUUCUUGAGUUUGAACUUACACACAGCCGUGCUUGCUUUGCGAAGAUUGGAGCAUUUCCAGCAUUGGAUCUUUGAAGGGUUUGGUCGAAGCAGCGAGGUUUUCCGCAAAGUAUUCAAGGCCUUGGGUCCACCUGAAGGGAAAGGCUUGAGCCGCAAGGCAUUUGCCGAAGGCGCCAAAGCAUUGGGAUAUCCUGGUGCAGAUGUUCGCGUCAUCCGGUCAGUAUUCUCGCUGCUGGAUCGCAACUUUGACGGGGAGAUCUCCGCCCGCGAAUUCCAGAAGCUCCUGGAGUUUCGUGGCGAGGAUGUCUUGCGGAACUUGGAGGCCCUGAAGCGCUUUGUCGACACGAUGCUUGGUGGUAUCGAUGCAUGUUUUGCGAAAUUUGUGGAGCGCGAGCGUGCUCUGCAGGGUUUGCCUGCCUCGCCGAAAACUGCUAGCUAUGAAGCCUUCCAGAAGACCUGUGUGCAGGCUGGGUUCAGCAAGGUCGCGCCCAAGGCAGACCUGAAGAUGCUGUUCCUAUUCCUGCAUGAGAUGCCCGGGCGGCAAGCAACAGGCUACUUGAGCUUCAGCGAGUGGUCGCUGCUCAAGGGGUUCCAGUCCAAAGCCAUUGCCGGCAGUCCCGCACGUCUCCGACGCAUCAUCGAGGAGGUAUACGGAGAUGUUGAUGAAGCUUUCCAGCGAAUGCACACAGCCUGGUUGCGAAGGGCUUUGGCCAAAGGAUUGAAACAGACCGCCCUGGCUGGACUCAUGCAUUGCGUUCUUACUCCGAAGCCGGUGAGCCUUGAGCGCGCGCCCAGCAGAGCUGCAGGCAGCUCCGUCCUGGCCGACAGCGGCCUUUCGGCCCUAAGAGUUGGAAAACCACCUCUUCCGAUUGGCUCAGAGAGGAUUCGCGCACGGCGCAUCCUCAGGAACGGCAGUGAGAAGGCCUCGAGAGAAGCAUCUCCGGGCCGCACCACACCACCGCCAUCCCUGACUCCACUUCCGCCAGAUCUGGCCCAGGGGAUCCCUGCAGGCCGCCCUGCGAGCGCCUCCAUGCUUGCGCCGGUGCGGCACAAGCCUGUAGGCUUGCUUCCGCGGAAAGCCCUGCUGCCGCCUGCAAGGCAAGCCCAGAUUUCGGCAGUCGAGCGGAAUACGAUCCAGGGGAACGAAUGCGGGACGUCAAAUUCGGUAGUGAGGUAG